AUGACUUUGUUUUCAGACUCAUCAGUAUACCGAAAUUUCCUCGUCUCGCCACUGAUCCCCCCAGAAAUUGUUCUACAAACAAUUCAGCACAUUCCAUUUGGCAAUGGAGCCCUGAUGUCUGCUCUUCGCAAUGCGCAUCCACGGUUGCGUACACUGAUGAGCACGUAUGAACAAUCACUCGCGCGCUACUUUAUGCAAAACGAGCUUCGCCACGCGGAAAGAGAUUUUGCAUGUGAGGGCGACUUUAGUUUCGACUGGCUGGCCGAGUGCGUUCGAAACUACGACAUGAUAGACGACGUUAUGGACGCUCUCUGCUCAGACCACAACUUCAACGCCAUCAUGCCCCACAAUACAUUUCUGGCCUACACAGGGCUAUUACUGAUACACAGGAUGUCUUUGCUCGAUGACAGACAGGGUUACAUUGAGUCAUUGCAAAGAGAUGGGUUGAUUGCCAUCUACCUGGUGCUCCACCACUCGACACUGGCAGCGCGGUACCACGGGUCUGGCUGGAUCAGUCAGCGCACAUAUGGGCACUGGAUGCAAACGGAGCACUUUGAACUACGCAAUGAGCUGGAAUUCUGCUUUGCCGAAGCAGCACUGAGCAUCGGUCCCGAAUUCAUUUCUGAUACGUUGCUUCACCAUGACCAAUCGGAUUGCGAGGCAACGUUGCUCAACUUUUAUCACGACUACGGCAUUCAUGAUUGGGAAUGGCCGUGUUUGGAUGCCAGGGGCGGGUUUGAGCCACCAAGGACGCAGGGACCGCAGAGGAAACAGGAUAGGAAGGAGAGGAGCUUAUUUACGACUUUGCUCAAGUGUCUGGCGGAACGAAUGCAGUGCGAAUUGGGUCAUGUGAGGGAACGGGUGGAGCGCAAUCUUGAGAACCCACGUCAUCCUUUGGCAAAUCUGACUCUAGGCGGCAAGCAGCGGUUGCUCAAAGGCAAGGAUUUGGAUGAGAGAUGAACGUUGGCAAGGCUAAGGGUAGACAUGGGUUUCGGGGAACAUGAAUGUGUCUUUUUUUCGUUUUCAAGUGCCGAUAUUCCAUGGUUCUUGCUUGUCCUAGACAUGGUAGCUAAGAAACAUCUGCGUACACAUCUGUUCUCCGUGUCAUGGGCACAUCUUUGCGCAGAUUCUCAACGUAAUCAAGGUCCAGCUCGGCAACGGCAAUCUCACCUUCAUCGGCCCAUUUCCCAUCUUUGCCCUCAUCGCCUCCGAGUUGAGCAACGAUUUUGCCCCAUGGAUCCACAAUCAUACUGUGUCCAUAACUCCGCCUCUUGGCCUGGUCAUCGUGAAUUCCAACCUGGGCAGCAGCGAUGACGUAG